AUGAAGACAAGCUCCUAUAGAUCUAGAGUAGACGCAUCUAAAUCUGAUGAUUUGGAUAAUAAAAACACUCAAAAUCUGAUCUAACUAACCUCUUAGGUAGAGAGACUUACUCAAGUAUUAUAUAUGAAGAAUAAUGAAGUAGAGAUGUUGAGACAGUAACUUGAUCUUUAAAAAUCGUCUGCAAAUCCUAAGGAGAUUGAAAAUUUGAUAACUACAGUUGAAGAACAAACUAAGGAGAUCGAGAGAUGGGCAGAAAAAUACAAAAAAUUACAAUUACAAACUUAGUAAUUGGAGCUUAAGAAUACUGAUUUAGAGAAAGUGGUUAGUUUGCUAUAAAAUAGUACAAGUAGCUCAUAGUACAUCAAAUCUAACGAUAUUUAAUAAUCAUCUUAGAGGGAUACCUAAUCCAAAAGAAUCUAUUAAAGUAACAUCAGAAAAGUGGAUGACUUGUCCUUGAAUGAAGAUUUGAACUACAUUAACACUCAAAAUCCUUAGAAGAAAUAAGAUGAAAUAAAUCAAUUAAAAUUAUAGCUUUCCUAAUUGUAACAGGAACUUCUAAACGAGAAACAAUUGCAUAGAGAAUUAAUUUCUGCAGAGGAAUCUAGAAUUAGAGAGCAAGAAAGAAGAGCAUUGAAUCAAUACAAAUAGGACACGUAAAGAUAAUUGCUUUUAUAUCAAAACUAAAUUAAUGCUCUACAGAAUAUGUUAGAGAAUUCUCAAAAGAAAGAUGUCAAUAGGUCUUAAAUUAAAGAAAUAAACCAAUAAAUUCCUGAGAGAAGCAAAAGAGUAGUGAUGUACGAUGAAGAAGUCCAAAAUGUAUAACCAGUUACUAGAAAGUCAUCAUCAUCGAAGCCAUAGAAAGAAUAAGUCAGCCAAGUGAAACAAUAGAAAGUGAACCUUCUUCCCAUUUAUCCAUCUCAGACAUUUAGAGUAGCUCCUUUGGAGAACAACUCUUUUUCUUUAGAGGCUGCUCCUGAGGAAUCCCAGCUGAAUUCGAGCAAGAUUAAUUAAAUUUAAGAGCAAAUUAAUUAAACGAUGGCUCAAAUUGAAAAAUCAAUUAUACAGGUGGAUAUGAUGAAACAGACUAAUUAAGUGCAUUAGAAGAUAUUUCAAGAGUAAAUCUACUCUUCCACUUCUAAUCAUUAAACAAAUUCUUAACCUCCUCAACAUCAACCUAGUCCUAAAUACUCAGAUAAUUUGAAGUCUAUCUCUUACUUAGGCCAGUAAUCAAACAAUUUCAAUUAAUUUAAUCAAAGAUAGUAUUUUUGA